UGCUCCAACCGACUCUUUCAAGUUCCAGCGCCUCCUUUAUCACCGAUCGUCCUACCAUUAGGGUUCUUUCUUUCGCGGCGGCGCUAAAUCCUCUCACCCGCCAACCAAUCUCCGAGAGAAGUAGAAGAGAGUAAAAAAAAAUGGGAGGCAAGUGUCCUAGCAGGAAGGUGAAGAAGAGAAGGUUCUCUCACAAGCAGGCUCGCCGCACCAAAUUCGAACUCAUGGGCGACGACGCGGUCUACGAUCAGUUGCAGAAGCCCGACGCCGUUAGGAAACCGAUGCCCUUCGACGAGGAUUUACCUGGCAUGGGACAGCACUACUGCUUGCACUGCGAGUAAGUAAAUUCCAUCUCUGGGUUUGAACUUAUAUAUAACUGGGUAUUCAAUUUCAAUUUUGUUGGGCGGUUCGGCGGAUGUUUGGCUUAAAGUGAUGAUGAGAUUGUUAUGGGAAGUUAGAUACUUUACUGUUUAUCCAUACAAAAGGAUCAAGGAAUGAAUACCGGGGAUUUGAAAUGGUUUUUCCAUUGUUGUAAAUAAGUGAAAGGUUAGGACUUUGAUAUUUUGGGCCAAGGGACGGAGACAUGGUAUUUCGGUUUCAUCUUUAUUAUGGACUGUGUUUUCGCCCUUUUGGGUUUACUAGAUUUGGCCAUUGUGCUAAAUUUGGUGUGUUAUCACUUUUCAGCCGAUUUUUCGCCAACGUGACUGUUAGAGACGAGCAUUUCAAGACCAAGAAGCAUAGGAGACGGUAAGCGACUGUUGACAUCCUGAUCAUUUAUUUUGGUGUUCGUAAUCUUCUUUAGACGUGCAUAUUUGAUAGAAGGAAAGGUUUCUCAUGCUGAUAUUUGGUUGUUCCGAGAGCUGCUUAGGGAAAUGUUUGCAGCGUAAGAUUGUCUAGCCACACAGUAUAUGCCGCUUCGAGCGCCUCCUUAGCUUCUUCAUCUUGGUUGAUGCAAAUUCUAUGGUACCACUUGGCGUUUAAGUAUCCAAGUUUUAUGCUGUUAGCUAGCUAAGAACUCAUUCUGUUAAGAUAUUAGAACCAUUUCUUAUUUUGUUUGCACUAACAUUAGAUACCAGUCAUGUUGUACUUGUAUCCAAGUGGUAUGCUCAACAUUGAGAAUUAGUCGAUGUAAUGUUUAGUAUUAUCGGACUUCAAUGUCAGCAAGUUCUUUAGAUAGCCUGAUUCAUUUGGGGACUGACCUAGGCAUGAAUUGGAGGAUUAGAAUGCUUGUAUAUUCCUUUGAACAAUGAUGAAUUGGACAAUAAGGUUGAACGUAACCUUUUUCUUCCCAGAUUAUUGUUACUCAUGCAUCCCUUACUUUUUUGUUGCAUAUACAUGCAAUGUUUAUUUUCAUGCAUGUCCAGAUUGUGGCAGCGUCUGAUGUUAACCAUUGUUGUUUACAGGGUGAAGAUGUUGAAUGGUCCUAAACCACACACUCAACUUGAUGCUGAGUUAGCAGGUGGUAUGGGAAUGCCAGACAACGGUCCUAAGCUUAUGUCAAUGUGAAACUACAAGGUUUCUUUCCUUCACAUUUCCUCGCAGCUUCCCUUUCUGUAGAUUUCUUUUGGAAGCUAGCAACUUCAAGGUCACUUUUUAACUUGUUUGGGACUUGCCGCAUUGUAAAAUCAGUGACCCCUGUAGUGUUUCUCUUAUUACUGCAUCAAUACAAAUGGCAAUUAGCUACCCACUUGAAGUACGAACCAAGUGCGAAUCAUCUACCUUUACCUCGCCUCUACACAUUUGUAAUAGCAUGCUUGUUUCCUUAUUGGUUUUAUCAAUGACGUUGUCUCUUUCUGCUCUUUCAAUUCAAUGGAAUCGUGUGGCUUAGUCCCUGUGUCUUCUCUGCCAGCCAUUUUGUUGUCCAUGAUUCAAGAAUCCAUGGAGAAACAUGAUGUAAAACAAGCAACUCUCCCUCUUUAUCAUGCCUGCCUACUAUUGGGAUGAAGUUGAGGCCGCAAGAACUGUUGAAACAGGAACACAAGGUGGACCAUCACCCUGGUCCUCAUCAAUGGCUCCUGAUCUCCAUUGUUUUGAAGGGCAGAGCACCAAACAAUCAUGAGAUGCGACAUAGAGUGGUUAUUAUGGAGGGACCUGGUUCGUUUUGUCAGUUAUUCAAUGUCUUCCAGUGUUCUGGCACUUCCAAUGGCGACAAAGAAGCAAUUGAUUCAACUGUCUCAGUAGUUGGGCUGCGUGUAUCUCAUUCACCAUCCUCCUAAGUUCCACGAGUCUUUACAAGGCAAAAUGUCUCAUCCAUAUGUCCCUUGCAAACAACCUGUAAGAACCUGGCAUCCUAAUGCAGAACAAGUAAGAUAAGGGUUGACCUGUUAGCCUGCAAGCAAUUACUGAAGUUGUCAACGGGAAUCCGACAAAACUUCAUAUUCAAAACCUCAAACAUUGUCCAAUGGUUUUUAUCUGCGACAUCAGAUUCAGAAUGGUCACUUUGAUAAUCGACACGAGCUGCCCAAGUCCGGCAGAUUAUCCCAAGAUCAACCCACAACAGGACACUAUAAGUUCAACAACAAAAACAAUAAAGUACAUGAGUAAUAUAUCAUCCUAGGCGCUGAUUGAGGUAUUACACAGUAGCACCCUCUGCAACUAAUGAUCAUCUGCUCCAUGAUUGUUCCUGCUGUCAUAUGUGUUCUGCUGAGCUGGAUGUGUGUUGCAGGUAGCAGCAGCUGCAGUCAAGCUGAAAGAGAAGCCCUUAUAAAUUUCAAAGUCGGUAUCCAAGACCCUUCAGGCCGGCUAUCUUCUUGGGAUGACAGCAACGGAGACUGUUGCAAAUGGCAUGGCGUUGAAUGUCGCAACACUACUGGUCAUGUCGUUGAGCUUCAUCUCGGAUGUCCUGGUUGUGGUGGGAAUUCUAUGAUCAAGGGCAAGAUAAGUCCUUCCUUACUUGGGUUGAGGCAUCUGAGAUAUUUAGACCUUUCAGGUAACGACUUUCAAGGGAUUCCGAUUCCAGGUUUUCUAGGCUCCAUGAGCAGUUUGAAUGCUCUUUUCCUUGGUGGAGCUGGAUUUGCCGGAACCAUCCCUCACCAACUUGGAAACCUCUCAAACUUGCAACAUCUUAGUCUGCGCGCUGGUCAUGGCUAUGUACUACAUGCUGAUACUUUGCAGUGGCUCCCUGGUCUUUCUUCGCUACGAUAUCUUAACUUGAGAGAGGUUGAUCUCAGCAAUGCUUCCGAUUGGCUCAGCAUGAUAAACACUCUCCCUUCUCUUUCUGAACUCUAUCUUUCGAGUUGUCGAAUAAGCCACAUUCCAUCACAUUUGAUGAAUGUCAACCUUUCAUCAUUGGCUGUUCUUGACCUGUAUGGCAAUAAAUUUGCUCCAACCUCGCUUCCCGUCUGGAUUUCUCAUCUCAAAGGCCUGACGUCUUUGGAUCUAAGGUUCAACAAUCUCGGAGGUCCAAUUCCUGAUGAGCUUCAGAACCUUACCUCCAUAAGAGCUCUUCAACUGUCUUUAAACGACUUCAAUGGUUCCAUACCAGACUGGCUGUUCAGUUUUCCCCACCUAGAGGACAUAGAUUUCUCUGGCAACAAUUUGGUUGGUAAAAUAUCAAGCUCAAUUGGGAACUUGACCUCUCUUGUCGACCUCGACUUGUCAACCAACUGGUACCUUGAAUUUGAAGGAGGGUUUCCAGCGUCAAUCAGAGGGCUUUGCCGAUUGAGCUCGCUCUCUCUAUCAGGUAUAACUGUAAAGCAUAGUUUAUCAGAUGUGCUUGAAAUCCUUGGUGGAGACUGCCCUUCAGAAACACUUCAGGUACUGACUCUUGGGAAUUGCCUGCUAUUUGGUCAGCUGACUGAUGACAUUGGCAAGUUGAAGAGACUAAACCGUCUGGUGCUCUCUAACAACUCCAUAAAUGGUCCCCUGCCAGCGUCAUUUGGGGGCAUGGCAUCCUUGGAGUACUUGAGAAUGGAAGGAAACAAUAUAAAUGGGACUCUUCCUGCGAGUUUUGGCCAACUAGCAGAGCUGAGAAAUGCUGACAUUUCUCAGAACUCAAUUGAGGGUGUUGUUUCCUCUGACAUUCACUUUGCCAAGCUCACCAAGUUGGCUAGUCUCCGCGCAGCUGAAAACAAGAUAGUGUUGGAAGCGAAACCAGGUUGGGUUCCUCCCAAGCAGCUUGAGAUACUGGACUUAAGUUCAUGGUAUGUUGGGCCUCACUUCCCCGUAUGGCUCCGAGAAUUCGAGCAUCUCAUGUCCCUUGAUCUCUCCAACUCUGGAAUUCUAGAACCCAUUCCUGAUUGGUUCUGGGGCAUGCGUUCUCAGUUCUUCUAUCUCAACAUGUCUCACAAUCAGAUCCCUGGGAGACUUCCAAAUUUCAUCUCAGUUCGUUACUUUGACUCAUUGUUUGAUUUGAGUUGGAACAGCUUGGAGGGUCCCUUGCCAGUUAUCUCUUCCAACAUGACUUUCUUGGACCUUUCCAACAAUUUGUUCUCCGGCAACUUGCUCAAGUUCUUGUGUUUCAAUCCAUCUCAGGCAAGGGAGACAGAGUUUCUGGACCUUCACGGCAACUUAUUGUCCGGAGAGAUACCCGAUUGCUGGAGGAGUUGGCAGAACUUGAAGGUCUUAAGAUUGGGCAGGAACAACUUAAAAGGGAAGAUCCCAGAGUCCAUUGGAAGCUUAAGCAACCUUCUGUCGCUGCACAUUCAGAACAGCAGCCUGAGUGGUGCAAUCCCUUCAUCCCUUGCCAACUGCUCAAACUUGGUCUCCCUCGACUUAGCUGACAAUGUGCUGGAAGGCAACAUUCCAGAUUGGAUUGGGGAGCGCUGGCUAUGGAAGCUGUCCAUCUUAAAUCUGCGCAGGAAUAAGUUCCAGGGAAAAUUUUCUGAGCAGCUUUGUUCUCUGCAAUACUUGCAGAUCCUGGACCUUUCACAUAACUUUCUGUCUGGGAACCUGCCACAGUGUGUGGGUAACCUCAGUGCCAUGUCUGGUUCUAGAAAUGACGAUAAUUAUGAUGAUGAUCAAGCAGUGAUUUACCUGUUCUUUGGCGGAGCCAAAUUGUUUUUGGAAUACCAAGUUCUGGUAGCACAAGGGCAGGUCAAGGCUUACAGCACCAUAUUGAACUAUGUCAGGAGUUUGGACCUUUCAUGGAACAACCUGUCAGGAGAAAUCCCAGAAGAGAUCACAAGGCUUGGGGAUCUGAAAUAUGUCAACUUAUCGCGUAAUUCAUUCUCGGGUGGGAUUCCAGGGGAUCUAGCUUCCAUGACAUCCUUAGAAUCACUGGACUUGUCUGGAAACCAGCUAUCUGGAGCAGUCCCUACAGGCUUGGCGAGCCUGACUUUCCUGAACCACUUGAACUUGUCGUACAACAGCUUGAGCGGGCGAAUUCCUUCGAGCACUCAACUGCAGAGCUUUGAUGCGUCCAGCUUCAUGGGCAACAAGGGACUCUGCGGCCUUCCACUGAGUGCAAACUGCAGCAGCAGAAACAACUCUGUGACGGCGGGUUCUUCUUGUGAAGAGAAUGAAGACUACUGUGAUGAUAUGGAGUGGUACGGCAUCAGCAUUGUGCUUGGCUUUCUUGUUGGAUUUUGGGGCGUAGUUGUACCAAUUGUUGUUAACACAAGAUGGAGAAGCUUGUAUUUUGGUUUCUUGGAUCGCAUGGGGAGCAAGAUCAGGACCUUGUUCAUGGCUGGCGCUGGUGGAGCCUUUCAUGGAGCAAGAGAUGAUUCCUGGUGAUUGUCUUGCCGAAUCUGAAAGUAAUUUCUAGGGUUCUUCGAGAUUGAUUUGGGGAUUUAACUAUAUAUUAUAUACUCAUGAAUCAUGAUCAUAAUAAGAACAGGGAUAGUUUGUAUUCUCCAAUUGUUUUAGUGAAAUUGUUAUCAUGUUUGUAUUCCUUAGAAUUCAUUAUAUUUUAAUAUUUUGUAUGUUCAAACGAUACAUGUACAAAAUGAAUAAUUGUACAAUUUUCGUUUUUAUAGAUCAAAUUGUUGCAAUUGUAAGUAAUGUUUAGGAUAACUGAUGCAUUCAUGCAUUAUCGGGCAUGGUCAUUUUUAUUAUAGUUCGAGUCUUUGCAUUAAUUGUUUGUUAGAUUUUUGUUUUUAUUUGUUUUUAUUUGGGUUAUUCGUAUAAGUUUUUCUUUAGAAUUAUAAUGAAUUAGUGUUUAUGGC